ACCGACCACGCUCAAUUACACGAGAAUAAUGAGAAGAUCGAAAAAGCUCGACGUGCAUUGAUCUCGAGAAAUAGAGUCAAUUACAUUACUGCAGAAUUCCGACAGUCAGCUCCGGAAAGGAAACAGUCAGCAUCAGAAAGAGCUGUUGAUUUUUUUUUGG